GACAUGGAAGAGCUGCAACAUCCACCCACACUGAAAGCUGAAACCUCAGUCUCAGUCCUCAAGAUUAAUCAUUAAUGGCGUCUUUCACAUUGCCGCUCCCCUCCCUUCCCGCCAUACCCACGUCAUCACUUUCACUCUCAGUUCACAGUUCGGCAUCAAAGUCCAAACUCACAAGAGUCAACCCCGGGCCCUUUCUGUCUCAUACCAUAAACAAAACGCUUCUCUGGCCAUUGACCUCUCCUCAGAGCCAUAAAUUCAGUCGGGCAACGAGGGUGAAGUCACAGCUCAGGCACCCUAUCAUCGCUCCGGGGGACCAUUGGGGCUUAUGGACCGCUCUGUUCGCAACUGGUGCUUUCGGCCUCUGGUCCGAGAAGACCGAGAUCGGUGGCAUGGUGAGUGCCGCCCUUGUAAGCACUUUGGUUGGGCUUGCAGCAAGUAAUCUUGGCAUAAUUCCUUUUGAAGCGCCUGCAUAUUCCAUUGUCUUGGAGUUCCUUCUACCAUUAGCUAUUCCACUGCUAUUGUUUCAAGCUGACUUGAGUAGUGUGAUGCGGUCCACGGGGACUUUGCUCUUAGCUUUCUUGCUUGGAUCAGUUGCGACUAUGGUUGGAACUCUAGUGGCAUUUUUGGUGGUGCCUAUGCGAUCACUUGGUUCAGAUAAUUGGAAAAUAGCUGCUGCUCUCAUGGGUAGCUAUAUCGGUGGAUCUGUUAAUUAUGUUGCGAUUUCAGAGGCUCUCGGUGUCUCCCCUUCGGUUUUGGCUGCAGGAGUAGCAGCAGACAACGUUAUUUGUGCUCUGUAUUUCAUGGUGUUGUUUGCUUUGGCCUCUAAAAUACCUCCUGAGGCCUUAAGAUCAACUAAUGAUGUUUCAAUGAAAAUGGAGUCCAAUGAUGAGAGGAAGCUGCCUGUUCUAGAAACUGCUACCGCUCUUGCUACAUCUUUUGUGAUAUGCAAGGCGUCCACAUCUCUCACAGGAUUAUGUGGAAUCAAAGGAGGUAGCCUACCAGCAAUAACAGCUACUGUUGUCGUUUUAGCGACUGUUCUCCCAACACAUUUCGCUUACCUUGCACCUGCCGGUGAUACUGUUGCUUUGCUCUUGAUGCAGGUAUUCUUUGCAGUAAUAGGUGCUAGUGGGAGCAUAUGGAAUGUGAUCAACACUGCGCCUAGUAUUUUCAUGUUUGCUCUAGUUCAAGUAACCGUCCAUCUCGCCGUGGUCCUUGGAUUGGGAAAGCUAUUUCGCUUUGAUCUUAAGCCGAUACUGUUGGCAUCAAAUGCCAAUAUUGGAGGGCCAACAACAGCAGGUGGAAUGGCCAGGGCCAAAGGAUGGGAUUCUUUGGUAGUUCCUGCAAUCCUUGCAGGCAUUUUUGGAGUUGCCAUUGCAACGUUUCUUGGCAUUGGUUUUGGAAUGAUGGUCCUCAGACACAUGUAGAAAAUGCAAAUUCAAUUUUCGAUCGUUUUGUUUUUCUUUUCAUCCAAUCGUGUAAAUCGUUGACAUUGAGAAUGAGUAAUUAACAG